CUCUCCUUCUCGUUUGCUUGCACUGCUUUGGUUCUGCUAUCUUAAGCGCACGCCUUGUCGCUUGUCUUUGAUCUGAUCGCUUUGUCACGGCCUUUUCACUCAAAAAAAGUUCUAUUGAAGAAAAAUUCAACUAUCAACGACUUUGUCCACUACUCGCCAGCACAACUUAUUGGGAAGAAAAGAUAAAGAAAUGUCUCCCGCCAUUGCUCAGGCCGGCUCUGCCUCCAAAGAUGUCAAGAGGGAAUCCGCGACUGCUCGACUUCUGGGUUCCGGAACCGCUGGAAUUGCGGAGCUGCUGGUUUUCCAUCCGGUUGAUACAACUGCAAAGCGAUUGAUGAGCAAUCAGACCCGGAUCACGUCAAUGGAUGGUAUGAAACAGGUCGUUUUCAAAGAGUAUGCAAACGCCUCCCUUGGGCGCAAGUUCACCUCGCUUUUUCCUGGUCUUGGUUACGCCGCUGGCUACAAGGUUCUGCAACGAAUCUACAAAUAUGGUGGCCAGCCAUUCGCAAGGGAUUACCUGGCGAAACAUCAUGGUGCCGACUUCGAUAAUACUUUUGGAAAAGGGACAGGUAAGGCCAUCAUGCAUGCUACCGCCGGAAGUUUGAUCGGUAUCGGUGAAAUCGUCCUUCUUCCUUUGGAUGUCCUGAAGAUUAAGCGUCAGACGAAUCCCGAGGCCUUCCGUGGUCGGGGUCUUUUCAAGAUUAUCUCCGAUGAAGGCAUGGGACUUUACCGCGGCGCUGGCUGGACCGCUGCUCGCAAUGCACCUGGGUCUUUCGCGCUGUUUGGUGGUUCAGCCUUCGCCAAGGAGUACAUCUAUAACUUGCAGGAUUAUAAUUCGGCUUCCUGGGCGCAGAAUUUUGUGGCAUCUGUCUGUGGUGCCAGUGCCUCUCUGAUCGUGUCGGCUCCCCUUGAUGUGAUCAAGACUCGUAUCCAGAACCGCAAUUUCGAGAACCCAGAGUCUGGCUUCCGCAUUGUGUCGAACAUGGUGAAAAACGAGGGCCUGACCAGUUUCUUCAAGGGUCUCACACCCAAGCUGCUCAUGACCGGGCCCAAGCUCGUUUUCAGCUUCUGGCUGGCUCAGACGUUGAUUCCCGCGUUUGGCCAGGUCGUAUAAACGAGAAGAGCAUGGAUUGAUAUUAAUAGCAGGCUUUAGAUAUUUGGCUUUUUCUUUUUCUUUUUUUACUCUUUCGUGCGGCUAUUUGUACCAUGAUAGAACAUGCUGUCAGGCCCUUUGUAUUUUGAUAGAUGCUUUUUUUUUUAGCAUGAUCGAGUUAUGGGUAAGAUCUUGGUCACAAAAGUGAACUCCGCUUAAUUAUUACAUCGCCAUAUCUGAUAGCUAAAGGAGAUAAAUAUAAAUAGAUUUUGGGAUUCUAAGCACACGUGUAAGAUAUACCGGGGUCACGUAAAGCGCUUUUUCUGAUUUGUUUAUACAUUGGCAAAGGCCACAAGCCCUUAAGACAUAAAGGAGUAUCACGUGAUCGACAAUCACUACUUCAUUGUAUCUUUUGCGACUGGAAUCCUCCCAGUUGUCUUAUCUCAACAAACUGGACAUACCCUGCUUAGCGGGAGACAGCAGCAGAUAUGCCAAUCUACCUAAUUUCGAAGUACGUCGGAAAUCCAUCGUCUCAAUCCAAACACUAUCCAUACUGCAUGAACCGACGUAGCUGGUUUUGAACAUCGGCGAAUACUAAUACUGUUAACUUGGGCGAAUACACAGAGUUGGUGACC